AUGGUGUUACUUGUCAGUAAAUAUGAUACUUGUUUAAAGGAACAUUUAAAUAGUUGCAUUGAACAGAGUGAAAAACGGAAGAACACAGGAAGUACUGGAAGAGGUUCCAUGGUUACUUUUCUUUCAAAAACCACAAUAACAAAACUCAUUCAAAUUACGAGUCGUUCCAUACAGAAAAUCAUUGCAAAAGAAAUUAACUCAGCUGGUAUGUUUUCAGUUCAAAUUGAUACAACAGAAGAUAUAACAACUAAAAAUCAAUGCUCAAUAGUUGUGAGGUAUGUAACUGAUCAGAUUCACGAAAGAUUAUUAACUAUGACUGCGUGCGACUCUUCAACUGGCAAGUAUCUGUCGAGUUUAGUAUCUGAAACUUUAAAGGCAUUGAACAUUGAUAUUUUAAAGUGUGUUGGUAAUUCAACAGAUGGAGCUGCAAACAUGAAUGGUGAGUAUAACGGUUUCGCAGCAUGGAUGUUCAAAGAAAAUCCAAACCAAAUACAUGUAUGGUGUUAUGCUCAUGUUUUAAAUUUGGUUAUUUCAGAUACUUGUAGUGUCGUUUUAUCCAGUAUUUCCUUGUUUAAUUUGUUGAAUGACGUAGCAGUGUUUAUUCGUGAAUCAUAUACAAGAAUGAAUAUUUUUGAAACAGAAAAUCAGAAUGAUAUACACAAUCGCAGAAUUUCAACUAUUGGUGAAACACGUUGGUGGUCAAAGGAUGCAGCGUUAACAAAAAUAUUUGGUACCUUUGCCAAUCCGUAUUCUAGUUUCUACGUUGAACUUGUAGUUGCAUUGUCUCAUAUUGAAGUCAAUUUAAGUUUCAAAUCUGAAGUUCGAGUAAAAGCAAAAGGCUUCAAAGAAGGACUUCUUAAGUAUGACACAAUUUUAACUGCACAAAUUUUUUUACGGGUUUUUCAGUUGAUGACACCGCUCUCAAAAUAUUUACAAACAGUAAAUAUGGACAUUUUGGUUGCAUACAACACGCAAACGAUAGACACAUUGAAAAAGUAUUUAGAGGAAUUUGAUAUAGUAUUGGAAGCUACUAAUAAUUUUGUCUGUAAAGUUAAUGAAAAACUUGAACAACAUGAAUUAGAAGCAGAGAAUACUCUACCAGAAAAAAGAAUUCGAAAGAAAAAAGUAUUAUCAGGCGAAACUCGUCCAAGUGAAUUUAAAUUUCAUUCUGAUGUACUUAACUCUUAUAAAGUUAAAGUUCAUGAUCUAAUAUUUAAAAGCAUAAUAGAAAGCAUGAGCAAACGUUUUAAAAAAUGUCGAGAAUUUUAUGCUGAUUUUGCUAUUCUAAGUCCUUCAAAUUUUGAACAGUUGAAAGCGCAUAGUGUACCAACAUCUGCUUUAAAUAAAUUGAGUGAACAUCUAUUGCCGUUUGAUGAAGAAGUUACAGCAGAAAAUUUACGCACUGAGCUUACUAGUUUUGCUUCAAACUGGAAUAAUAUCAAAGAGUCACUUUUGAAUACAUAUGACAUAAUGGAUAUAAACAAAGAAAGUGUUGAGGAACUUGAAUAUAAUUGUCGAAAGUCAUGUACUGCCUGUAAAAACUGCACAGUUUGUUGCUACCUUGUUUUGAUUCAAUAUAAUUUAAUAAGUGAAGCAUACGCAAAAAUUGGGUUAGCUUAUAAAUAUACUUUGUCACUCUCAUUUACGCAAUUUGCAUGUCAAAGAAGUUUUUCAAUUUUAAAGUUCAUCAAAAGUCGUUUGCGUAGUAGUAUGGCUCAAGAAAAUUUACAAUCAUUCAUGCUCAUGAAUACUGAAAAGGAAAUUCUAAGCAAUCUUGAUCCCAAAACAAUAAUUGACGAGCUAGCUGAAACAAGUGAUCUGUUUAAAAAUCUUUUAGUUGUUUGA